UCUGUUCCCUCUCACUCAGAGAGCUGUGGUUUUCUCUUGUUUUGGGGAGGAAAUAAUUCUGGACAACAUGAAAGUUAUCUCGGCUGUGUUACUCGUUGCCGUUUUUUGGAGCCAGGAGUGGAAGUCGGCGCUCUCGGAUUCAAUCAUCCACAUCGGUGCCAUCUUUGACGAGUCAGCACGAAAAGAUGAUGAGGUGUUUCGCCUUGCCGUGGCAGAUCUCAAUUUGAACAACGAGAUCUUGGAGACCGAGAAGAUCACCAUCUCUGUGGAAUUCGUUGAUGGGAACAACCCCUUCCAGGCUGUGCAAGAAGGUUCUUCUCCAUUGGACUUGCCAGGAAUAUCUCCACUGGUGUGACUAAGAGGCAUUCUAAUCGGAUGCUCAAAACCACCAUAAAGGACUCCUUUUAAAAUGAAGGAGCAGUGGUUUUAUUUUAAUUUGAGCUUCUCCUAGAUGUCUCAGGGGCUCCCCCUGUCCCUAAAGAUGAGCCCAGACACCCUAUGAAGGAAACUCCUUGUAUCUGCAAUUUUGUUGGGUCACAAUUCAGACCAAUCUGAGGUGGAACACUGAAUCCAACAUCUGAAAACAUAAACGAAAU